AUGGCUGAUAUAAGGGCUUCAAAUGAAGAAACGAGAAAUUUGAUUACCACAAAUGUUGCUAAUAUUAGUCAACAAAUACAGGAUAUUAAAUCCUCCGUAUCAAACAUUGCUUCAGAACAUGGAAACCUAGAAGGACGCCUGAGCCAGUUAGAAAUACAAAUGUCAAACAGCGAAAACAAUAUAAACAAGCUGGAUAAAAAUUUCAAUGACUUAAAAAAAGGUUCACUAUCCACCCUAACCCCAACAAAACAGUUGUAUGAAAACGAACAAAUAAUCCGUGAAGUCCAAGAACGAAAAAGAAGGGAAAACAAUAUUAUAAUUGUUGGUAUAUCAGAGCAGACGGCCGUAAGCACCCAAGAGCGAAUUCUCAAAGAAAAAUCUGAUGUUUUCGAUAUAAUAUCGAAAAUAAGUAACACUAUACCAAAGCCGACUAAAAUCCAUCGAAUUGGCAAGUACAACCCUGGUAAAACACGCAGAAUUAAAGUCUGCUUCGAUGAUCCGGAGCCAGCAUUGUUAUUACUCCGUAAUAAGGAAAAAUUACCGGAAAAAUCUUGUCUACAGCAUUGCCCUGAAGCGGCACUGGUGUCAGCGAGAGUGCUGGCCGCAGAAGGUGCUCCGGCCACGCGCUCAGCAUCAGGAGUGGAGCGCCGUCCCUCGGCACCCAGGCCUCCGCUUUGCAAGAGGGGAUCUGGAUCACUGCUGUCUGGGUCUCCACCUACGUCCAGAUACCUCUGGAUCCGCAUAGCUCUAUUCGAGCGUCAACUAGCCAAGAUCAUUGAGCACCUCGUGAACAACGCAAACCGCUACUACGAGCGUGACGCGCUGGUGGCAGACCCUGACUACGGGAGCAUCCUCAGCUCCUUGCUGGUCGGCCCCUGUGCCCUAGAGUAUUCGAAGGCCAAGCCACCAGCUUGCUUCUGGACCGAUCCUCCUGCUGACGAACUUGUACAAAGACACAGAAUGUCUGCGGGUACCACAACACCGCCGUCCGUUCGGAGGCCGAUCCUCAACUUCAAGAGAAGUUUGAACGCUUCAUCCGAUGAUGGAGGCACUGCUAAUACAGGUACAGGCAAAGCGGUGGGGUCGAGUGCCAAAGACUACGUUGAAAGCUUACACCAGAACUCCACAGCCACGCUUUUGUACGGAAAAAAUAACGUCAGAGUCCAGCCGAAGGAUGUGGAAGAGCCGAUGCCAGGGUAUCUGAGCCUUCACCAGACCGCUGCUGGGCUGAUUAUUAAAUGGACCCCCAACCAACUGAUGAAUGGCUACGCAGAAAGCGAAGGAAUUGACAAAAGUGUGUACUGGGCGAUGUCCCUUCAAGUGUGUGUGUGGGAGGUGGUGUAUGUGCACGUACAUCGGUCACAGGCCAGUGAUGCACUGAUACUGGUCGGCCAAGAUGGCGUACAGAGACCGCCCAUACAUUUUCCUAAAGGAGGACAUUUACUGUCAUUUCUGAGCAACUUGGAAACUGGACUUUUACCACAUGGUCAACUAGAUCCACCGCUCUGGUCACAACGAGGCACUGGCAAGGUGUUCGGUCGUGGUAGGGCGAGGCGGCGGCCACUGCCGAGCCUGUGCGAGAGCGGGGAGACAGAGGAGCCCGAGUGGGAGGAGGCUGCCGGAGACUACGUGUUCCGGAUUGUCAAUAAUGCUAUCGCUGAUAGAGAAGCAAUGCGUCACUCCCUACUAGAGCGAGCAGUACAAUCACCGCCGCGCACUCCACGUCGUCCGCUAGCCUCCACAUCAACGACAUCAUCAGAUUCCUCCACCAUGUCCGUCGACUGUCCUCCGUCAGCUGGCUUCAAUGGCCACCCGCCUCUGACACCGAUCCCGCACCAACCAGUGGAACAGGCUGCUUCAAUCGAGCUAGUAUGCAGUACGAUGCGUCGUCAGAUAAUAUCUCGAGCGUUCUACGGCUGGCUUGCAUACUGUCGUCACUUGUCUACAGUGAGGACACAUCUCAGCGGAUUGGUUCAUCCUAAUAUUAUUCCCAGAGAAAAUGCAGAAGGAGGUCUGACAGAAGAACGAUGGCUAGCAAUGACAGAUGAAAAUGGCGCGAUUCACGAUAAAGAUGAAGUGUACCGACUUGUGUACUACGGAGGAGUACAACAUGACAUUAGGCGACAUGUGUGGCCUUACCUACUGGGAUACUAUGAAUUCGGUUCAACAGCCGCCGAGCGUUUAGAACAGGACGCGGCGUGCCGGCGUCAGUAUGAGACCACCAUGUCCGAGUGGCUCUGUGUAGAAGCCAUCGUGAGGCAGCGUGACAGGGAGGCCACGGCUGCUUCUAUCGCGAGGCUCACUGAGGCCUCGGGCAAGCUGAAGCCGACGGAUAAUAAUGAUACUAGUGAGGUAUUCGAAGACGAUUGCAGCGUAAUCUCGGACAACCCGCCAAUCGUUUCACCAGAGCCAAGCGAGAACGAACAGAAGCGGCCGGACAAGCCGAUCCUCUCGCGAGCUCCCAGCAUAGACGAGGUCGACAACAUCGAAAUGGACUCCGAAAGAGAAAAGGAAACCAAACAGAAUGGAGAGACUGAGAACAGUGAUACUAGAGACGUAGAUGUAGACAGUCUGAAAGACUUAGAUGACGACGUGCAUUUGAAGAGCGUGGUUGAAAACCCUGAUAUGCGGAGGGAAAGUAUAGCAGAAAUCAAAAGGCUUGCUGAGGAAAUUGUUCAGAAAGGAGAAGGUCGUGGUCUCCUUUGCAGUGUGGAUAGUGCUCAUGUGAAUGGAAGUGACUUCAGGUCGUCGCUUGAAGAGAAUCAGCCGAGUCCUCAUCAGCAGCAUACGAGUGUUAUUAUAACUAAUCCUUCUGUUGAUCUGGUGGCUGGAGGGUCACCCGUUUCUGGAGGGACAACUGCGACAGUGAGUCCAGCCCGCAGUCCUCUAGGCGUGGUGCGCGAGGAGUCGCAGUCGGCGGGCGCCAGCUUCGACACGCUGGAGCCGGCUGACAGGAACGCAGGGGAUACGCGGUCUAACUGCGUGUCACCUGCUAGCUCUAAUGGUGGAGUUUAUUCUAAUGAAUUAGUGGAAUCGUUUGCACUAAAUCUACAUCGCAUUGAAAAGGACGUUCAGAGAUGUGACAGAAACUAUCCCUUCUUCACGGACGAAAAUCUGGAUAAAUUGAGAAAUAUUAUGUGCACCUAUGUAUGGGAGCACCUGGAGACGGGCUACAUGCAGGGCAUGUGCGACCUGGCGGCGCCGCUGCUGGUGACGAUGCGCGAGGAGGCGGGCGCGCACGCGCUGUUCGCGGCGCUCAUGGCGCGCGCCACCGACAACUUCCCCUCCGGACAGGCCAUGGACGCGCACUUCGCUGAUAUGAGGUCGCUGAUCCAGAUCCUGGACUGCGAGCUUUACGAGCUGAUGCACGCGCACGGCGACUACACGCACUUCUACUUCUGCUACCGCUGGUUCCUGCUCGACUUCAAGAGGGAACUGCUUUAUCAAGAUGUAUUCGCUGCCUGGGAACUGAUCUGGGCAGCUCGUCACGUGGCGUCCGAGCACAUGGUGCUGUUCAUAGCGCUGGCGCUACUAGAGACAUACCGUGAUGUCAUACUGGCGAAUACCAUGGAUUUUACUGAUAUCAUCAAGUUUUUCAAUGAAAUGGCAGAACGACAUGAUGCAUCUGCAGUGUUAUCGCUGGCGAGAGACCUCGUCUUACAAGUUCAGACUCUAAUAGAGAACAAAUAAGUAUCACUUUUCAUUAUAUCUGUAGAAUAAAAUCAUGAUGACUGUCCACUGGUAGAAUGCACAGGACUACAAUAUAGCAACAUAGAACAAAUAAAAAAUGUGUGUUUUACUUAUUGAAUAAAAAAAUAGAGCUUUUGGUGGAAAAUCAAGAGGAUUCCGAUAUUUCAAAUUUAGAGGCAUUUAAGUUCAAAAUAUAAGAUUCUCAUGAUGGAUAAUAUGUAAUAUCUAAACACAUUUAAUAAAGUACUUACAUAUUAUUUUUUUAAGUCUUGUGUAUUCUACAAGUGAUCCGUCAAUACCACUUGGAAGCGUCUAUCAGAAAUGUAGACAUAAGUAGUGUAAUAGAAAAAAAUAUUUUUAAAUUUAUAAAGUAGACAAAAUAUUAAAAAUAUUGGCUUUAUGUAUAUUAGAUUAAAGAAUAUAGACAUUGUCUAAAUAGACCUGAAAGAAUUUAAAUAAAAUUGAAAUUAUAAUUAUUUACGUGAAUCAAAAUUUUAUUAUAUUAUAUUAGAUCUGUUUCGUAUUAUAAAUCAUAAAAAAAUGAUGAAUAUCAAAAAUGUAAUCAUGUAAUCGUCAAGGCUUUAAAUGAAGAAAAAACACUAACCUUACAAAAUAUUGUCGAUGUUCGUAAACGCUUACCUGAAUAGGUUUCCUGUUUGCCUAGAAAGAUACAAUGACAUCGAGACGUGUAAAACAAAAUUAUGUAAGUAUAGAAAACAUAAUAUUUACGCACAAAUCUCGUGCAUUAGGAAAAUUCUUCCUACCAGUAAAAAAUCUUGACAAAAUCAAAAUCUAUAUGACAUGUUUUAUAACACAACGUGAACAACACAAAAUUUACACUCCGUCUGCUAGGAAAGAAAAAUUUCCUUUCUUAUGCUUGAAGCACUAAAUCUUUUUUAUUUCCUGUUAUAUCACACUUUGAAUAAAUGGCGUUUUUAAGGGCUUAUUACCCUCCAAACUUCAACUACUAAGUACUUAAUCACUCUUGAUAAGAUCAUUAUAACAAGGUGACAAUUACCUAUCCAAAUUAUACGGAUAUCUUACUUAUUUCUUAAAAAAUCACUUGAAAGGAUGAAUGAUUUAUGACCAUUUUCACAUAAUAUAAUAUAACAGAGUUUUAUAUUUACAUUAUUAAAAAAUCUAUGUAAACUGUGAAAUGUUACCUGUAUUGGUAUUUAUUUUAAUGUUAUUUCAAUCCUCCUUCCUAACUAUAUUUACUAAACACUUCCCCUUGUGCCUUUUUCAUAUCAAUAUAUAAAGAUUUCAAAGAUAUUAUUAACCCCUCUAUAUAUUUUUAUCUAAACUUACUUGAUAAUAUAUACCUACUAAUAAACCGUAAUUCAAUUUAUCUUGCAUCCUGUGAUCCUGCUACAAUUAUUUAGUAUUUUCUUUCCACAAACCUACAUUUUUGAGUACCCAUUUUAUAUUAAAAAAAACCCUUUACGUAGAUUACCUAAAUCUGACAAUUAUAGCCUAUCUAACCGCUCUUUGGACUGUGGACUUUGGUUCGCGGAUUUAAUUACAAAAAGGGACUUACCAUAGUGAUCCUCGAAUGGAUAAUAAUCAUUAAAUCGAUAGAGGUAGUCGAUUGUCAACAUCUUGAUAGGCUAGGCCGGAUAUGACAAGUCAGUAGGUUCCUGCCGCUGAAGAAUACAUACCUACAUGGUAGGUAUCUCAGAUCAAAGAAAUAAGGUACAUUAUAAAGUAGUACCUAGUAGAGCAAUUGCUUUGAAACUUUCUCUGUGCGAUGAGAUCGCAACUUAAUUAUUACAGAUAUUACAGAUUAUUACAUAUUAUAAAGAAAAUGUAACUAUGUCAAAGUAAUUGUUUAUCAAAAAAUACCUAAUCCAGUUCAUAAAACCAAUCACUGGUUGCUUGAUGAAUGAACCUACACAUUUUCUAGAAAAUCUAUUAAAAUGAUAAUAUUCGAAGCAAAAGAUUUUACGUCAUAUUUUAUUGAAUCAAAGUAUGAAAGAUUAAAGUAUACCUACAUAAGAUUAUAAGUACAUCGGUACCUAUAUCCGCUGCGUAGAUCAGAUAUCACAAUUCUAAAGAUUGUGCAGCAAUUUAAAGAUAUGAAAUUGGGACCGGAAUUGAUUAUGAAAAAUCGAGACAAAAGCUAUUAAGAUAAAGUUAUAAGGAGCCUAAUUUAAAACCCAUUAAAGCUGUCAGUCGAUCGAGUGACGUCACAAUUGGGGAAGUCCCGUAUCUCGAGAUACGGAGAUGAGUACCCAAAUAUUUUGGGUUCAUAAUCUGAGAUGCGUGACAGAUAUUGGUUUUAAAGCUUGUUUAGAUAGAAAACAGGCUUGACAAAUUAGAUUAUGUAUUGACAUCAUUUUAAGUUGUUUACUAUCUAAUGACAGGAUUAUUCGAUUCGGAGAAUCAUAAUUACGUCAAAAUAAGAUAAAGUCAAAACUUUCAAAGAUCUGCAAACGGAUCAAAUGUCAAAAAAUAAAGUUAAGACAACCAAAAACAUAAGUAAUGGUAAAAUACCUGAAUUCGACUUUUGAACUAUCUUUUAAAGAAUGUCUACGCUUUUUAAAACAACAAAAUAAAUACGCGGAAUCUAACAACAUUAGAGACCUGGGUAGGUGAACUCCAAAAAAUUUAGAACAAAACACACCAAUGUAGACAAAAAAAUAACAUUCUAGAUGGUCACAGACUAUAUUAUAGAUAACGAUUUAUUUAUGAAUAGUUAAGCUACGUUUAUUGUGUCGCCGCUUAUUGUAUUUCGUCCGUUUCUUGAAAAUCAAGCUCACAGCAUUCUCUUUAUUAAUCUUAUUCAAAUAUUAUUUUAAGUAUAUGGUAAUAUUAGCGCUUCCAAAGUUUUUUUAUCGUUAUAUAAGUACACAAACAAACAAUGGAACACUCGACUUAAAUAUAGUCACAAGUGCGUUCUCUAUUCCCGUCGAGUGCUCCAUUAAAUUAUUUGUUAAGAAUCCUAAGAAUAUUUUUUAAAUUAUAAACCCUAAAUGUAAGCGAGAACAAAGCGUAUUUAUUUAAAAGUUCUAUUGAGUAGGUCCUAUAUUCUGAUAUUGUCUUUAUAAAUAAAUUUCUAUGUAUACUGUAAUUUUAUCGUUAAGGCUUCUUAGAUGUUUUGUGCUGUUAUUAAUGUCGAUGUCUAUCAAAUCAAAUUAUUGUGAUUAUCAUACGCUUAACCUAAACGUUCACACCAGAGACAAUACAUACAUUUACAAACUUCUUUAUGAAAAAAAGUAAAUCAAACCUAAUUUUUCACCUUCGUAUUUCGAAUACGCAUUUUGCCAGUUUUUUUUCUUUACAGCGAUUAGCUAUAAAUAGCUUUUUUAUUAUAAACACUUUGGUGUGAACGUACACAAAUCCUAGGUACUAUAUAACAGGCCUAAGUCCAAACUAAGCCAAGCUUUACAUUCAGAUCUGUGUUAAGAACACGUUUAGUGUCAAAUGUAGAAGAAUAUUAAAUUAUGUCUACACCUUUAUUGAACAGGGAACGAAUAGGAACAUUUUAAAACCUCUAAUAUCAAAAUACAUAUUUGAUAAUAAUUCAGUUAGUACUGUUAACACUUCUGUAGAAAAAAACAACUGUUUGAUUUUAUAUUUUAAAUGAUCUGAAAAAUGUUCCUAUCGUUCUAAAAUUAAGUCUAAAAACAAAUGAAUGUUUGUAUGAAUCUAUGUAAUGACCAUUUUUAAUACUUUGUAACUAAGGAGUUUUAUUUACCAAAUGUUAUAGGUAUGUGUACAGUCGUGUAGCAUUUAGUAAGAUGCGGUUUUAUCUUAAUGUAACCAUUUUCAUCACCAUUGUACAAUUGCAAAGAAAACUCGAUGGUUUUAAGUGAAUAUUUUCAAUCUUUAAUAAUUUAUUUAGGUGUCUAUUAUACAUAAAAUACCAUAACAGAUUUUUAAACUAACAUUCCUAUUCAAUUAAUAGAAAAUCAAAUAAUAAAAGUAACUUCUAGUUUUUGUUGUCAUUGUAAAAACCCACGAUCUAUUUAAAUAUGUCCUAAAUCAUUGUAUUUUAUCAAUAAAUAAAUAAAUAAAUAAAAUAAAAUUAAUAAUGUUUAAAACGUAGUUAAGUACGUUUUAUUUAUAGUGAACAAUUAUUUUUGUGAAAGUCAUCUAUGUCAUUAAACUGUGUUUACAUUUG